ACCAGACAUCUGUGUCAUGCCUUUCGUGUGGGGUCAGGGUUCGCUCAAUUUUUGUCUCAAUGUGUGAAUUGUUUGCGGGAUUAUUGGAGGACAACCCAGGUGUCUCCGUGAAAAUUCACUCCACGCUGCCCAUCACUAAAUGGAGUCCUGAUUGAAUAUGACAGUGUAUAUUAACCUCUAAUCUUGCUUCAGAAUGCUGGUUUUCACUCUACGAUCACCCAGUUUUCGUCUGUUGUUUGAGUAACAACACAAAUUGUCACCCAAGACGCCACCUUCCGACUAUAUAAGCCGGCAAGCCAGCACCUCUGUGGUUUACAACUUCUCAUCUUGCCCAUAUACGAUCUCUUCCAACAAAGACCGAGCUCUGACCCUACUUCCAUACACGGCGACUCGUGCUAUAAUUCAAAAUGUCUGCCGUUCUUCUCGACCAGGCUUCUCACCCUCCCUCCUUCCGCAAUGACCGAGACGGUCUCGCUUUUGAGGCCCUUUGUGACGAGAUUGAACACGCCGACAUCGUAGCGGACCAAGCUCUCAAAAACCAACAGCAUCACGCAGAGGAGGACGAAGGCUCUAAAUUUGACGCCGAAAAGGACAAGACCCAGUUCCGCCAAUAUGAAACUGCCUGUGACCGGGUCAAGAACUUUUACCUCGAACAACACACCAAGCAGACAGUGGCGUACAACCUCAAGGCUCGACACAAUUUCCACUCCAAGACCCGCGCCGAGAUGUCCAUCUGGGAAGCCAUGGAGCGUCUCAACACCCUCAUCGACGAGUCUGAUCCCGACACCGAACUUGGACAGAUCGAACAUCUCCUUCAAUCUGCCGAAGCCAUGCGCCGUGAUGGGCGGCCUCGCUGGAUGCAACUCACUGGUUUGAUUCACGACCUGGGCAAGCUCUUGUUCUUCUUCGAUGCUGAAGGUCAAUGGGACGUUGUUGGCGAUACCUUCCCUGUCGGCUGUGCUUUUGAUGACCGCAUCAUUUACGGUACCAAGUCAUUCAGCGGCAACCCAGAUUUCGAGAAUCCGACCUACAGCACCAAAGAAGGCAUCUACUCACCCGGCUGCGGUCUUGACAAUGUCAUGCUUUCUUGGGGCCACGACGAGUAUCUCUACCAUGUCGUCAAGGAUCAAUCAACGCUUCCCGACGAGGCGUUGGCAAUGAUCCGCUAUCACAGCUUCUACCCAUGGCAUCAACAAGGCGCUUACAGAGAAUUCAUGAACGAGAAGGACCACGAGAUGCUCAAGGCUGUCAAGAAAUUCAAUCCUUACGAUCUCUACAGCAAGAGUGAUGAACGGCCCAGUGUUGAGAAGUUGAAGCCUUAUUACUUGGAACUCAUCGAUGAGUUUUUCCCAAAGAAGGUCAUUAAGUGGUAGACUUUUCGACAUUUAUUCCAUUUCUUUUGACUUGAUUACGAGCGAGAACCAUUUCCCCCUGCCGUCUGGAGUGCGACACACAGCGAGACAUCCCCGAGCCUUGUGGAUUUUCAUCAGUUUUGUCUUACGCGGAAUACCGCGAUAGACACAGUCACUUGAGCGUUGCCUGGAGGUUUCGACUGCUGCCAUAUUUCAUACAGACGGAAACAAAUUACUUCGGCAUCGGUGGGGAUAGACCCAGCCAAUGCAUUUUGGACAUAGAGAGGUUCACACUGCUAGAACUGAACUCCAGCCUCUCAAACGGAGUUUUGGGUCACGAAUUCCUGGUCUCACAAACGAGUCCAUUCUAGAUUGUAUCUAAGUCGCGAAUUCUUCAUUC